CAUUUGGAUUUAAAAUAAUUUUAAUCGAUUCAUUCGUUAAUCGAUAUCGAAUUCGAUUCAUCAUACUCAUUCGCAUUUAAUUUCGAAAAAAAAUCGUGAUCGUGAAAUGAAAUCGAAAGAAAUUCCAAAUUCAGUAAUGUAAAAUAUUUACAAAUUAAAUUAGCUGAUACAAGAGUGAUUAUUGUGAGUGAGACUGGAGAAGAAUAUUUCGUACGUUCGUGUGAUGUUCUAAACGGGUGCCCUAUAAAUGAAACAUGGCGCAGAGUUCACAAGGAGGCAGCCACCGACGCAGUCGCGACCACGAUGCGAGUUCGAUGCGAUACACGAACACGGACUGGGAAGCGAAGGAAGCGCUCUACCAACGUGAACUCGACGAGGCGAGAGCUCGCGCCACGCAAAUGGAAAAAACCAUGCGCUGGUGGUCAGAUUGCACGUCGAACUGGAGAGAUAAAUGGACCAAGGUACGUAACGAACGAAACAAAGCCAGGGACGAAGCCAAACAGUUCAAGAACAAAGUUGACGCCCUAACUAAAGAAGUGGCAGUAUUAAAAACUGAGAAAGGUGAUCUAGAUCAACAGUUGGUAGAGCUGAAAAAAGAUAACGAAAAACUGUUGAGCAUAGGUGAGAGUAGAAUAGUUUCAGGUGAUUUAACUGCAGAAGACAGCGUAGAGUUGAGGAGAAAAGGUAUAGGUUAUGUUUCACCUAAUGAACCGUCUAUGAGGCAGAGAGCUUCUCUUGAUUCUCACAAAUUUGCAAACGUAGACAAUGUCCUCGCAAAUAAAUUAGGUGAACUGCGACUGAGGUUAGACGAAGCGUGUAAAAGUUUGCAAAGUGAAAAGGAUCAGAAAGCCUUUCUGCUGACGAAAAUAGAAUCUCUCACAGCUGAACUGCACAACACUAAAAUUGAGUUAACACACAACGAUAGGACUCUAGGCUCAGAUUCUAGUCACAGCGAAGUGGAGAGGUUGCAAAACGAAUUGCAGGACGAAAUAGCUGCGAAGCAAGUCUUGGAAGAGAAAAUAGCAGAGUACAAAAUGGAAGUGGAGCGGCUCAAAUCGGAGAACAACAUUCAGUGGAGCAAACGGGAGCUUUUAGAAACUGAAAAUAUAGCGAUAUUGCGAGAGAAUAAGAAACUGUACAGUCAAGUUUGUGAACUGAGAGAACAAAUACACAAACUGAACAGAAUAUCAGACGGAAGUGCGUAUGGGGUGCCUUUCAACGAUCUCAACAGAUUGGACUCCAAUGUCUUGUACGUUAGGAAAACCAGCGUAAGUCCCCGGUCUCACGAAUCCAGUAACGGUUCGUCGGAAGCCAAUUUAGCGCAUUACGAAACUAAAACGAACACGUCGGGCGAAGACGACGAAUUAGCGAUAGUGGAACGAAAUGAAAAUUGAGAACUUACCUUGAGAGAAAACAGGAUGAAAUCUGUUAAAAAUUUCGUAGACUUUCUCGUCACAAAUAUCGUGAUCACAAAUAAAUGACGUUAAUGUCAAGUUAUUUUAAAAAAUUAAGUAAAAAUUAAAAAGUUUAGCGAGUGACACAAAUAGUCUAGUGUCCAGUUACAAUAUAUUAGCAUUCACGACAACAAAGUACAAAUUGGAUGUUGCGAUUUAUAAUUUUAUAUUAUUUCGCAGUUUUUAUUGAUUUUAUUCCAUUUGUAACAUUCCGCAGAUAUAUUAAGCCUUUAAAAAAAAAAUCAGUACCUAAAAUUUUGCAAUUUAUCAUGGAAUUGUUCAAUUGAUUUUAGUUUACAAAUUUGUAUAUAUCCCUAAUUUUAUUUCAUUAAAAAAAAAAUGUAUUGAGAUCUAAUCUAUUAAUAUUAUAUUUUGUACCUAAGCCUAAAUUUCCAGGGUAUUUAUGAAAUUAGCAAAAACAUUGUUAUGUUUUCGAAAAUAUAAACAGUUUCAAUUAAUGUUUAGAAAUUUAACAUUCUCUCCAUAGCCAUUAACUGUAGGCUAGAUAAUAAAAUAUAUAAAUUGUCUUUCAUGUUCAUAAAUGUUUCUCGAGUAGUCCGAAUCUUGGUUUCAAAGUUUAACAUAAUUUUUUAUAUUUUAAAUCUAAAAAUAUCAGCUGUUGAUAUUUUAUUGCUAAAUUGUGAUCAACCAAUCAGCAUAAGACUAGUUGGACAAUUUACUGAAUCAGCCUUCAUUAGACAAUGCAAAAAAAGCCUCUAAAGAACUAAUAUUCGUCGGUAUUAUUCGGUAGUCUUCCAACAGCUACGGCCAUUCCGCGUCGUGCAGCCGUAGUUUUAAGAAAGCUACGGCCAGACUGCCGCGUCCAGCCGUAGUUUUUCGAAAGCUAACGCCAGACCGCAGUUUUCCAAAAGCUACAGCCAGACCACGGCGUCCAGCCGUAGUAUUCCGAUAGCCACGGCCAGACCGCGGCAUCCAGCCGUAGUUUUCCGAUAGCCACGGUCAGACCGCGGCGUAGUUUUCUGAUAGUCAGCUUACAUCGUAGCACCGCGGUCGCAGGAGCCACGAUUUGGUCGUAACCUUACGGAAUUUUUGAAUCGCUCAAUGGUAUUUUUGAAUCACUUGGUGAAAUUAUAAUGUAAACAUAUACUUAUUUACAGAGAAGGACUUUAUCCUCCAAAAGGCACCAAGUCAGUAAAUAGUCCAACAGGCCUUGUUUAAGUACCUACCUUGUGUCUGUUUCUCAUAAUAUUAUACCUACUUAUUGGUGACUAGAAUUCAAAGUAUUUUUAGAUUUCCUUGGUUCAAAUUAAACAUUAUUCUGUAUAAUUAAAUGUUAGAGGUUGUUAACAAUUGUGAUAGUGUAGUUUUAAUGUGCAUGCAAUGUGUAGAUUUAGAAUAUUGAAAAAGAAGAAGAAUAAAAAAAAUGUGUUUGUCAGCUCCGACGCACAAAUUGAUAUUACUCUUUCAGAUCGACUAUCUAAAUUGGUUUAUGUUGCCCAAUAUGAACGUCUCAAUACCUACGCCUGAAAUGUGAAUGGUGCGCAACCGAGGAGCAGCAAACCGCGGCGUGCGCGCCCGUACGCAUAUGCGCGCUGUUGGCGGCAGCUCACGGUGAAAGGUGCGCAGAAUAGGUUGCGCACAAAAAAGUAACGCUGUCAUUCGAUUUCGUUGAAUUUUACUGCCCAUGUUUUUCAUACUGUAGGUAUAUAUGAAAAAUCGAUUCUUAAGGAGUAAACUCCUAACAUACGACAUAAACAUAAAAUAACUCGACUCACCUUCUGGAAAAUAAUGUUUACGGUUAGAGAUUUUUUUACAUCAUUUUCUGAUCUGUUUAAUACAUAAUAAUAAUUUAUAAUGUAAUAACAGUAUGGUGAUAUUAUUUUCACAAUAAAUUUAAGUUUAAUUUAGUUUUAGUUAGUGAAAUAAAUUAUGUAAGGCCUAACGGACACCAAACAAAAAAAAUGUAUUCAUAGACAUGUAUAUUUUUUAAUGUUAAGGAUCUAUUUAUUUAGCUUGACUUGCCUGAUUUAAUUUAAAAUUUUUAGAAUCAAUGUUUUAUAUUAUCUAUUUUAGUAAGACUCCUAUUAUAAAAAUAUCGUCUUCGCCUGCGAAAUAUUAUAGUCAUAAUACACUAUGAAACUAACUAAUCUAUAAUUAAAAAGCUAAUACCAGAAUUGUAAAAAAA